GGAAAUAGUGCCAGUCAUUCCUAUAUCGGUGAGAAUAAUCCGCUUAGUGAAGGCUGAAAUAAUAGCGAAAGUGAUAGCAAUUCCAGCACUCAGUCCUUCUUUGAAAAUGACUCACUCGGAAGUGUUAAUAUAG